AUGUGACAAACAACCAUGUGACAUGUAACAAUAUGACAAACAACCAUGUGACAUGUAACAAUGUGACAAACCAUCAAGUGUAACUAUGCGACAUGUAAUAAUGUGAUAUGCAACCAUAUGACAUGCAACAAUGUGACAUAAAACCAAAUGACAAACAUCAAUGUGACAAACAUCCAUGUGUCAUGUGACAAUAAGACAAACAACCAUGUGACAUGCUCAUCGCAUUCUUUAUUCUCACAUUUUGUACUUUCACGACCUCAACCAACCUUAAAUGUAUCUUCAAUAAUGGAACUUACAGUGUGCUGCCAAAUAUUUAUCGUUGCGAAGUUGAAAUUGAUCCAAACAUUGAUGAUGCUGCGAAAGCUCAAAUAACGUCGACAAGUGGAACUCAUACAAUUGGAAGAACUAAAGAUGAUGUUGUUGGAUUGCAUGCGAUUCAUAAAACAUUCAAGCAGUUCCCUCGAGGAUUAGAAACAACUUUUAAGAAUAUUAAAUCAGUUUACAUCGCAUAUAGCAAAUUAAAGGAAGUUACUCAAUCAGACUUAAUUCCAUUACCAAAUUUGGAGAAUCUUGAUUUAUAUGGAAAUGAAAUUGAGGUCGUUGAGCCUGGUUUAUUUGACUUUAACCUCGAAUUACUGCUGAUAAGCUUUGGCGGGAACAACAUUUUGCAUGUCGACUCGAAUGUUUUUGAUAAUUUGACAAAGCUGACUCAUUUAUGGUUCCAUAGCGUUCCUUGUAUUGAUUCAUAUGGCAUUACUAAGAGAGAUUCGGAAAGAGUGAUAAAAAAUCUGAAAGGCAAGUGCAAAGAUCCAGAAUUCUCCAAACUCGAAGCUUUAGAUUCAGACACAAAAUUAGAAAAUGAAUUAAAAACUUCAAAGUUUUCUGGAUGUUCAUAUUUCAAGGUUAAGUUAGGAAAGUUAAGAAAUUCAAGUCUAAUCUCAACUACAACAUUGGAGCCAACAUCCAGCAAGGCAGCUUUAACAUCUGAGAUCCCAAAGGUUAAAGAUUCAUGCACUGAUUGCUGUUCCAUUGACAAUAUUAGCCAAAAAUUGGACAAUUUUACAUCACAUCAAGCUGAAAUUGAAGGAUCAUUAAGAAAGAUUAAGUCUUUAAUUGAUCAACAUGAUUCCAAACUUAGUGACGUUCAGAAUUCACAAAGUAACCUCAAAUCGUUGCAAUCAAGCUUGACUGAUGCAGUUAAGGAGUUUGGAGCUGAAAUAAAAGACCUCAAAGCUUCACAAGAUCAGAUUCAAUCUUCGCUUGGUUCCAUUAAUUCAACUGAGAAUGACAUUAAAGAUUUGAUCACUUCCAACAUUAAAGCUAAUGAAAAUGAAAUCAAUGAUGUCAAAAAUGGCAUAAAUGAUGUCAAAAAUGGCAUAAAUGAUGUCAAAAACGGCAUAAAUGAUGUCAAAAGUGGCAUUAAUCAUGCCAAUAAUGACCUCAACAUCCUCAAAGAUGCAACAAAUCCAAUCACAGACCUAACCUCAUCUCAAAUUAAAAUACAAUCGUCCCUGAACAACCUUACAGCAUCACAAAAUACAUUCCUUACAGCACUCGAGGACCACAAAUCAAUCCUUAAAUCAACAAAGCUUUCACAAGAUGAAGCAACUAGCAACCUCAUUGACAUGAAAGCGACAGUCAGUGACAUUGAGUCAGCUGUUAAUAACGUUAAAAUUACUCAAAAUGAGGUUAAGACAUCGCUUGGUAAAAUGAGAAUAGCACAGAAUGAGAUCGGAGCUUCCAUCCAGAAAAUCGAGAAUUCUGAUGAAAAAUUCUUGAAAAUUGAUGACAAAUUGGAAAGCUUUGAGGACAAAAUGAGUGAAAAAUUUGAGGUUAUGAAGCAUGAGUUGGCAAAAUCUCGUCACAAAAUGUCAGUCAGCAUUGAUGAGAAGCUGAAUGGAAUUGAGAAGCGAUUACUGAAAAAGUUUGAAGAAGUUUUUGAUGAAAAAUUGUCAAAAAUAAUCGAACAAAAGUUGAAAAAUGUUUUGUAAUUUAAAAAGGAUGUGAUGAAGGAUGGACAGGCAAUGAAUCAGCAUAAACGGUUUCAAAA